UGGCAAGAUAUCUCAGUCACAAAGGUCACUAGGGUGAACAUAAAGAUAUAAUGAAAAUCGAUCACUUCGACCUAAGCGUUUAUUCCGUAUGUACAGUAUAUUUAUAUGGUAAAAUUGUGUAUUUCUGCCAAAUGAACUUUCCUCGGGUUCGGAAUACACAUUGUUUUGAUGCCUGCAAGAUUUUAUUUUCAGUUUGAGUUUCGGGUUAACUUGUCAAACCAGCAAAGUCGAGAGGAAUUAUUUACAUAUGCAAUUUGUAAAUAGAAUGAGAAAUGGAUUAUUUUCACAAAACUGACAUUGGAUUCUCUACAAAUUUCAAGUAUGAUGGUUUAAUUCAUCAUAAGGUGCCAGCAUUUGCACUUAAAAGACUGAAUCCCAAAAGGCGAAAAAAAGAAAAACAAAAGAAUCGCAUGAACCUUUUAAAACAACUAUCCGGACGUUCCUCCCAAUCUACAGGAGCUGAACAAUCACAGGGUCAACAAGCUAGCUUCUGCUCUAGGGAUGGAACCAUAAGGCCAUUUGAUGAAUUUGAAAACACUUACUCAGAGAGCACUGGUCAAGAGGGACACCAGGUAGUAAAUGAUGCAUCACAAGCGAUGGAUGAAGAAAUAAGUGAGGAAGUUAUAGAGGAACCGUUGUCUCCAUCUGAAAGACAUAAGGCAGCCACGAUUGUUCGUAUCAUUGUAGAUCAUUCUAGCAAAAUGGACGUGGAAGAUUUGCAUGAAAUAUUAAGCAUGGAACCAUUUAAUAUGGGCUAUGAAGAUGAGGAAACUUUUGUCGACUUUCUGAAAUCCUUUAAAAGAGUAUUUGUUUUACAUGAAUCAGAAACGUCAACAGAAGCACUGAAAGUGGAGCUGCGAGUGAAUAUAGAAGUCUGCCUCCCCCACUCGGGAGGAAACUGUGAGGGGAACUGCAAUGACCUCCACCUGUGCAAGUUCUUUGUUCUAAAUGUAUGUGAAAUCUGGAAAUGCAAGUUUGGCCAUGAAUAUGAGACCCCUCACAACCAAAAGGUGCUCAAGUACCAUUUGAUGCAAUAUCUGCAACCUGGUCAAGUGAGUUCUCUGAUGAGAGCACUGCCAAAUAGAAGAGGCAUUUGCAUUCCGGGCAUCUGUCGUUUUUACAAUACCAGUAUAGGGUGUCGUAACUCUGAGACUUGUCCUUAUCUACAUGUGUGCAAAUUCAUUGCUGAGGCCUGUCGCUACUAUCCGUUUUGUAAAUUUUCUCACAAUUUGUUAGACCUGCAGCCCAGAAUCAUAUUAUGGAAAUAUGGUAUCAAUAUGAGUCACGUCAAAAAAGAGAAUGUCUUGAAAUUGCUUUUACGCUCAGCCUUCGUGGACAACCAGCACUCGUUUUACAAGAAAAUGAUGAAAGAAGUUACAACAAGAGUUGUUGAACAACCAACAGGUGGAGCCACUGGCUCACAGGCUAAGUCUGUAGAGACCCCUGCACCGUUCCGGUGGAAGUCCACAGAAGAUGAAAAUGCAUCCAGAAACUGGAGCACAUUUACAGAAGAAGAAAAUAAAGUCAUUCACAAGAAUUUCAUCAAGUAUGAAAAAGCAUACGAGAAAUACUUGAAAUUCAAAAAGUUUGCUACAUCAUUUGGAAAUAAAAAGCUAAUCAUAGAUUUUUCAACGAUGGAAGGCGUUGUUGAAAUUGAUUCAAGUAGCCAGAAUAUUGCCCUUCAAAGAUGCACUUCAGAAAAGAAAGACGACAAUAUUCAAACUUAAGGCAAUGCAGAGAAUGUAUAUAUAUAUAUAUAUAUAUAUAUACCUGAUACAUACACACAUACAUGUACAUAUAUACCUGAAAUAUACAAACAUACAUUCAAAUAUAUGUGUACAAACAUACGCAAUACAAACAUACAUACCUGUUACACUGACAUUAAUACAAAAUAUACAUGUAUACAUACCUGAUAUAAAUAUACAUACACUGUGUACAUACAUACCUGAUACAUACAUGUACAUACUUACAUACCUGAUACAUACAUGUACAUAUAUAUCUGAUACAUACAUAAUCUUAAUUCUUAUGACAAACAUUGAGUCACGUGAUGAUGGAUCAAAGUGUGUUAUACGUGUAUGUAUAUCCCAAUGUAACUAAAAAAAAUGGUAUUUUAUGUUUUUUAAUGAACUUUGUUUUGAC